UUUAUUUAUUAUCUGUCUUUAGCGUUCAACCAAUAAGAUUGCAGUUGCAUCACGGGUGGUAAAUUUUAUUGCAUUUGUCGAUGAGUGACGAGUAGGGAAGCUCACUAUGACACUACGAUGCCUACGUAUUGGGUUAUUUCGAAAUAAGCUAAACUGUGAACUCCAUGUUGUCUGCCUAUAUUUACCUUAAAACUGUAUAUUCUUUGUCGUGUUCUAUAUUUAUGGAUCGGUUGGUGAACGAAGAAGCUUGUGACGCCUGUUCUACGAUUAUAUGAGCUUUUACUGCGACUCGCAAUGUGGAUAUUUCUUGUAUUUAGCUAUCUUUCCAUUCCAUUAAUAUUUGCAAGUGAUUUAUGCCCAAGCACCUGUGUUUGUGACAAUUAUUUUGUUAAAUGUCCUCAACAACAUUUGCUACAUUUUCCAAAAUGGCUACCUAAAGAUGUGACGAAUAUAGAUUUUAGUGGAAACGAACUUUCCCUGAUUGACAACGAUACAUUCAUUGAGUUUACAAACCUGGUCGAAUUGAACUUAAGUGACAAUCAAUUCGAUGAUAUUCGUAGCCUUGGAAAGCUUCCCAAGACUCUGAAAUUUUUAUAUUUAAGCCGGAACAAGCUUAAGUCAGUGAAUGGAGUUUGGAAUCAGUUUGUGAAACUAGAUUUUAGUGGAAACGAUAUAGUUAAGAUUGAGGACAACACAUUUGUUGGAGCGCAAAAUUUGGAGGAAUUAAUUCUUAGUGAUAAUAACAUCAAAAGCAUAUCUCCUAAAGCCAUGGCUGACAUGAAAAAACUCAGAAUAUUAAAGCUUGAUGGAAACAAUCUCACUGUAUUACCUCCUAUUCACUGUAAAUCAGUUCAUACAUUAGACUUAAGUGGAAACAAGUUGAAAAAGAUUGAUACUUUGGCUAUCGGGAAAAUUGUUCCCUCCAUUGAGACAUUAAUAUUAUCCAACAAUGAAAUAAUGUCUUUGGCAGAUGCUGCUCUUUCAAGUGUAACUUUGAAAUAUUUAUAUUUGAAUGGAAAUAUGUUGAAAAGUAUCGAUAGAACAUGGAUGUUUGGUUUAAAUGCUUUGGAACAUUUAAACUUGGAGAAUAAUGUGAUUGUAAACAUAUCUUCAUCUUCUUGGAGAACUAAUUGUUGUAACAACUUGAAAUUUUUAAAUUUGGCUCAUAAUAAGUUGGGACAGAUACUGUUUGAAAAUGAUAAAAGCAAAGGAGCAAAUCUUGCCAAUUUAGGAUCAUUAAUCAGUUUAAAUUUAAGCUCCAAUGAAAUCUCACAUAUUAGUGAUGGUUCCUUUAACAGCUUGAAAAGUUUGAAAACAUUGGAUUUAAACAGUAAUAAAUUAUCUUUGGUGAAAAAAUCCACUUUUAAAGAGUUGUGGAAACUCGAGAAAUUGUUUCUUUAUCAAAAUCCUUUGGUAGAUUUUAGUGAAGAUGCAUUUUCUUCUUUUGAACAUCUGAGUUAUUUACAUCUUAGUAGUGAUGUUGUUCACUGUGGUUGUAAAAUACAGGGUUUCAUAAAGUGGUUAAAGACUUCAUCAUUUGUUCAUUCUACUCAUUUGAAAUGUGGUCAACCAAUAAAAUUGGCUGGCUCUGAUCUUACAAAGAUUUCUUACAAAGAUCUCAAAUGUGAUACAACUCGUCCUGUAAUUACAAAUGAUCCACAAUCACAGAUAGCUUUAGCAGGAGAUGAGGUUAGAUUAAGUUGUACUGUAAAGAAUGGCUCGAUGCGAGCAAUAAGAAUAUUAUGGCAAAAAGAUUCAAAGAAUGUAAACCUUAUGGAAUCUAAAGUUAUUGUCUAUACACAGACGGAAGUAAAAUUCGUAUAUUAUACAAGUGUGCUAUACUUGUACAAUGUAUCGGAUGAAAAAGAUGCUGGUCGUUACCAAUGUCUCAUUUUUGUGGGAAAUGAAAGAUUGGAAUCGUUGAUUGCAGACGUACAUGUUUUUAUUCCUCCGAAAUUUACAAGCACUCCUGGAAAUUUGAUAGUUCCACCAGGAUAUGAUGUUUAUUUAAAUAUUUCUGCAAGUGGUGAUCCUCAACCAAGCAUAUCGUAUAGAAAAGAAGAAAUGUCGCGUUUCCUAGCAGCUCGUGAAAGACGUCUGGGUGUUAAAGAUGCAACUUUUGUGAUAAAAAACGUAUCUCAUAGAGAUGCUGGUCGUUAUAUAUGCUUUGCAAAAAAUGAAGUUGGAAUAAUUAAUGAAACAUUUACAUUAAAUGUGAUAGGAGCUCCAAUAGCACAAAGUGAGAUGUUAGACAAAGUUGCACUCGUCAACGAUUCAGUUGUAUUUGUAUGUUCUGUCCGCGGAUGGCGGUCGCUACAAUUUACUUGGUUAAAAGAUGGUAAAAUAAUCAAUGUUACAUCUUCAAGGAAUAUGCAAGUUCAACUGACGAACAAUGGUCAAAAUUUGUUGUUAUCACAAAUAAAGAUUAAUGAUGCUGGAAUAUACAAAUGUCGUGUGUCAAAUGAGUUGGGUGCUGUUGAAUUGAAGAGUUAUUUAAAAGUUGUUAAAGACUUUGCUGAAGAAAGAGGAACGAGCGAGGGAGAAAAUGUUAGCAAUAAGACGUUACUUGGUGCUGUUAUAUUUACAGCUGCUUUAACUAUGGUUUUUACAAUAUUGAUAAGUGUAGCUGUCAUGUACAUUAUCAAUCGACGAAGAUAUACAACUUUAAAAAGAUGUGAGAGAUCUGAUGCUGCUACCUUACAAUCACAUGCAAUUGCUGAUUCUCCGACUCAACAUUAUAUUCCAAUUACUGAUACAUAUUCAAACGACUCUUCUCGCACUUCUUCAACUUACGCUGGAUCGUCGGAUACGCAAACACAUUCGGAACUUACAUCGUGUUCUGAUAGUAGCUGGAACAAAGAACUUUGUAAUGGAUCGCAAGACGGUCAGAAUUCAUCUGGAGUUUGUUCCAUAAAUAGUGGCAGUAAUAGCUCCCUGUCUUCAACUCUUAAUCAUCGUAAUACAUUUCCAUUUUCAAAUGUGAAAACAUUUCUUUGUCCUGGAACUGGAGAUGAGUUAUAUGAAAGAACCAACAAUCAUGAAUUGAUCUACACUCCCGAGCAGCUCCAACAAAAACAAUUAUUUCAAUUUAAAAUAAAUGAAAAGUACAGUCCAUGUAGACGGAAACAUUGUUCGUCAUCACGUGGGAAACCGCCUAGGUCACGUGUUAAAGGAUUUCCAAGGAGUCGAGAAGAGGAAAAAGUUACGGUCUCUCAAUACAAACAUGCAAAAAAUUUAAAAACUGACUUGAAAAUUUCAAAUGAUACCGUCUUAUAGAAGGCAGAAAAAGAUUUCUUUCAAAUAUUCUUUAAUUGCAACACACAUUUUUCAUUCAUCAUUUUGCUAUUUAAAUAUAAUCUUUUUUUUUCUAUUUCACAAGACAGUGUAUUAAUUUAUUUUUUGUGUGCUCGUAAGUAUCACUGCUUUGUAUUUAUGUUUCCUAAAAAAAUGUUAGAACAUGUUUGAA